AACACAGUUCAUUCACUUCAGUAUCAGCCGAGGCCAGGACAGGGGGGUGAAGGAGUGAGUCUGUGUUGGUUAUAACACCGGCUGAAAGGCGACCUGCUGAAACUGAAGACAGCUGGACACCGAUUUGACAUGAGCAGGGUGCCCUGACAUGGACACAGAGAUGAUUCCCAAAUUUUCGUCAAAGGAUGAGGAAGUUGAUUACUGGAAGUCACAAGCCCUCAAAUAUAAGAAAAGUUGCCAUGAUGCACAGGAGGAGCUGCAGGAGUUCCAGGAGGGGAGCCGUGAGCUGGAGGCUGAGUUGGAGGCGCAGCUCGGUCAGGCCGAACACCGCCUUCGAGAUCUACAGACUGAAAACGAGAGACUGAAGAACGAGGUGGCGAACCUCAAGGAGAAGCUGGAGCAGCAGUAUGCCCAGAGUUAUAAACAGAUCUCUGUGCUAGAGGAUGAUCUGGGCCAGACACGCAGCAUCAAGGAGCAGCUCCACAAAUACGUCCGUGAGCUUGAGCAGGCUAACGAUGACCUGGAGAGAGCCAAAAGGGCUACAAUAGUCUCACUUGAGGACUUUGAGGGACGUUUAAACCAGGCCAUUGAGAGAAAUGCAUUUCUGGAGAGUGAGCUGGAUGAGAAGGAGUCUCUUCUAGUGUCUGUGCAGCGGCUGAAAGAUGAAGCACGAGACCUGAGACAGGAGCUGGCAGUUCGGGAGCGGACUACAGAUAGGAUGUCAGCACCCAGCUCACCCACCUUAGACAUCGACAAGAUAGAUUCUGCAGUACAGGCCUCUCUAUCCCUCCCAGCCACACCUGUAGGAAAGAGCAUAGAGCACUCCUUCAUCAGCCAGAAAGCUUUGACCAAUGGCUGUGGCAGCUCAUCACUCACUCCUUCUGCUAGAAUCUCAGCUCUUAACAUUGUUGGUGAUCUCCUCAGGAAAGUUGGGGCUUUGGAGUCCAAACUCGCUGCCUGUAGGAACUUUGCCAAAGACCAAGCAGCAAGAAAAAAUUUCUCCACUGAGAACGGCACACUCAUCAAAAGCAAUGCCACCAAAUUCUCUCACACUCUACAUACCUCUUACUUCGACAAAACGACUGUCAAUGGAUUGGACCCUAGCUCCUUGACCUCCAUGACAACAUCCAGAGCUGUCUCCCCACCGGGCAUGCUGCCUCUGAGUGUGUGAGGGCACACAGACCUCUACUGAAACUGAACAGAGAGGACACUUGAAAGACCAUGACAUUGUGUGUGCACAUGCGUGUGUAUGUGUGUGUGUGAGAGAGAGAGAGAGAGAGUUUGAAAGGAAGAGUGAUGUGUGUGUUUGCCUGUUUGGGAUUGUGCAUUUUUGAACUUGAUGUGUGGAAGAGAGGCUUGACCAUACGAUUAACUUCCUGCCUCCAGUUUGCAGCUCCAAAUGCAUCUGUGAGUAGGUGCACAGUUAUAUGUUCCUACCACAUACUUGCAUGUGCCUAAAGCUGUACUGUUCUCUGCUUGUAUGAAUGUCAUUGCAAUUCGUUGCUCUCUAGAUGUCAAAUCUGAAGUGGUUAUAUUCUUAGUUCCACUGAAAACUGCUAUCCCUGACAAAAGGUCCUUAACAGACUAUAGCUUCAUCUUAACCUUCUUUGUUUUCCUGUAUUGCCACUUAAAUUGCACAGUUAAGCUAACUUCAAUUUAGAAUGUAUUAUAUUUAAAAGGGAUAUGUUCAUAUUAACUAAUUUAUCUCAGAAUGCUUUAAAAUGCAAUAUUUCCUAUUUGCAAUUUUCGUGCAUGUGUGCAUAUGUAAUGUGGGGUCGGAGAGGUAUGGUUGGUCCCCAUAUUCAUGACUGAAGUGAAUGUUGAUCGUUCAAAGCCAUGUAGCUAUUGUGCAGUCUUUUCUUUUGUUACUGGCUGCUUGUUGUACUUAAUUUGAAAGUAGUCUCCAUGUUAAAGGUUGGAAGUACCAGCUGGUUCUGUCCUCUGGCUUAAACCGGCUUUCAAACAAACUGCUCCUGGUAGGUUUUGCUGCAGUCGAGUAACCUCCAUGGACGUCCUUUGGCAUUUUGAGGGAAACGGUUUUGCCUUUUUUUCUUUUUUUUUAUGUUUAAGUGUAGAUUUUUUUUUCAAGUAUUGUGACAGGCUCAUUUACCUCAUUCUGAUGUCAUGGCAGUUUUCUACGGUGGAUUUGUGAUUUGAGUAGGUGGAUUUAAUUUUAUAAAGCUCCACCUCACACAAAAGUAAACUCAAAGCAAAACAGAACUGACUCAAGAAUCCUUUUCCAGACUGUCUGUCAGCUUCGGUUGGUGCUUUGUGAAUUCAUGGUAAAGUGAGGCCUUUGUGUCCUGCAGCACAUUUACUGACUAUCUGUUUUUUAGCAGGUUGGAUAUCGGCAUUGCAUUCCUCUAACAUACCAAAUUUUCAUCUAAAUCCAUUUUCGCUGCAUAUUUCUAUAGAUCUUUGUGUCACCAUCUUGGCAUCUCGGAGCGUAUUUGAAGCCUUUGGUAUUCAUAGUUAUUUAAAGAUAUGAGAUGUCACUUUGGGCACUCUGUGAGCCUGUUACUAAAGUGUGUUCUACCCUCAGUGUAUAUAGCUUGUAAGGAUGGUAAUUUUGCCUACCACAUUUGUACAUACUGACAUUUGGCAUUAAGGUCCUAUUUAUUUCAGAUUCUGUAUGGCAUGUGUUGAGAUAAUGAGUUUUGCUGUCAUACAGUGGUUUAAAGCCAUUGUAUUACAAUAUCAAAUUGUCAAAAUUGUUUAAGGAAAUAAAGACUGAGAUGAUAAAUACACUUGUACUUAUGUCAUACACUGAAAGGAACGAGGUCAGUAGUGAUCUAUUAAGAUCAAAGAUGCAGGCCAUCUGUUAAAUGUUAUCAGUUUUAAUUUUUAUAUAAACACUGAAACAGCAAAAUAUUAGAAAAAAAAUCAAUAUUCAAGCAGUCAAUCUGUUAUAAAUCCCAGCUUAGCUCUUGAUACCAAAUGCAUUACUCUCCCCUGCCAGACUUCUUUCUUUCCCUGCAGGUGCACUAGAUAUCCAUCAGUGCACAAAUUAAAGGCCCAGUUUCUUCUCCAUAUCCUGCCUUAAUAUGUUCUUCUUGAUCUACAAAAAAAAAAACAAAGUAGCAGCCAUCUCAGUUUUCUGAUUAAUCAUAAUUCAUCCCACACAUUUUCAUAGUUUAGAAAUGUUGGUAUUAGAGCAGAAGUUACCUUUCCGGAAACAGUCAGGGGGUAGCUGUGUACGAAGAUCACAUAGUGGGGGAUUUUGAACUGAGAAAUCUAGAAAAAAACAAAAAAACUAUCAGUCUACAUAUUAUACAGUUGGAGUCUGAGGCUGGGUAUGUUGAGCUUUCAGCUGAUUUAUUUAUCACCCCCUCUCACCUGGCCUUUGCAGAAUGCUCUUAUCUCCUCUGUGCUGGAGGUCUGGCCCUCCUUCAGCCUGAUGCAGGCACACACCUGCUCGCCCAGCCUCUCAUCUUUCACUCCAACCACCUGGGAAACAGUG